UCAACGCAUCCACUUGCACCUCUGAUUCCAGAAAUAAGGCAUCGACGAUGCCACAACCACAAGGAAAAAAAUCAGAGCGGAGCAGAGUCGAACGAACGUGCUUGACUUGUUGACGUCGAGCACAAUUGACGGGAAGCAGAUCGAAGUCCUCAGCCAAAGUCUUUGCCCCAGCCCACACUCUGCACCAUCGUCGUCAUCAUUAAUUAUCCUGCUUCGGCAAGCUUGCUUUAAUAGCUAACGGAGGGAGGCCUAGUGCAUCGCCUCCUUCGCUCGCCAUGGCGAACGGAAAACUGGAGCAAGAUUCGUCAGCAGCGGCGUUCGAAGUGGACGACUACCUCGCCUUCGCAGAGCAUGAAGUGGCCGAAGUAGAGAAGCACAGUUUAGUCGCGCAGGAUUAUAGAGAUCACAAGAUCACGUAUUGCCGCAACAGCAACAGCAGCAAUUAUAAAUCGAAGAACGGAAGCAGGUCUUGUAAUUUGAAGAGGAGCAGCAGUAGUAGCAGUUUGAGAGUUGCAUUUAUAACCAAGUCUGAAAAAGAGAUACUGGACGAUGGGUACAAGUGGAGGAAGUAUGGGAAGAAGGCAAUAAAGAGCAGCCCCAACCCAAGAAAUUACUACCGUUGCUUGAGCGAAGGCUGUACUGUGAAGAAGAGAGUGGAGAGGCACCAAGAGGACCCAAGCUUCGUGAUAACCACAUACGUUGGAGUGCACACCCACCACGCCCCUUUGCCUUCGCUGCUGCUAUAAUAUCUUCAUCAAAUUCAAAUUCAAAUUCAAAAUUCUCAUUUACAUGUUUACUUGGUAGAUCUAGAUAACAGUCAGUAAUCAUGUUUAAGUAAACACACGUAACCGACCAUUCUGUUCUGCUCAUUCAUUUUUGAUAGGUGAAAAAAUGAAUCUUCUUUCGAUACAAUGUCUAAGGUUAUCUGAAGAACACAACUAGAAAAAUGCAAUGU